CACCGGGCACAGCGCGGACAGGGAAAGAAGAUGACUUCUGCCGAGAAACUGCCAUCAAGCCCGAACACUGAGCGAAACCAAUCUCCUCUCCCGCCUCUCUGCGCAAAUCCUGGCAAUCCGGUGUUUUCCUGUAUGCUGGACCCCAGGACACUCAUAACCAAUGGUUCUUUGACAAAGCCUCAGGUUUUAUUGUUUAAAACAACUGCAAGUGAAUAUGGUGCUAUACCACCAGUCUCACAGCUGGUACCCUGUACUUACCAUCCAGUGGAUCGAACCUUUUCAAAACACUUACUCGCUUGUGGGUCAUCUCAAGAUAGUUAUUUAAACACUGCCACUGACAGAAGUAGGGUAUAUGACUCCCCCAAUUUACAGCACACUCUGUAA